AUGCUCGAUCACAACCCAUCACAGGAAGCUGAUAAUAAGAAAACCCAGGUUAUCACUAAUGAACGGGAAGUAUCCCCCGCAAAAAAUAUUUCACCACCUAUCGAAGAUCAGUCUGAUAAAGAUAAUGGUAUUACUCUCGAUCCCAUGUCCGAACAUAACUCGACCCAGACCCAAAGGAACGAAUCUAAAUCUCUAACUGAUACUGAGUCGUCUAUCACUUCUUUGCCACAAGAUAUUAUUGAUGCUGAUUCAGCUGAGACUCUAGAUUUUGUAGAAAGGAAAUAUAAAGAAUGUGUUAGUGAAGAGGUAAUGGAGAGAAUUAGGGAAAAGAAACUUCGGGAUCAAAACUUAUCUUCGGAUAAUAGUUCAUCGGAUCAAUCUAAUUUAUCAUGUGAUGUAUUGCGAGAACAGAAAAAUAACCAAUCAAAAUCUCAUAAUGCAUUUUCUGACUUGCUCCAAAAUCCCAUCUCACAGAGUAAAGAUGACCUUGCAUCUAAAUUAGAUCAAUUAAAGAUAAAGUCUCCUUGUCCCGAGCCCAAAUUAUCUACUGAUCAAGCACAAAAUGACACCCCUGAAGUAAGUGGUAUCCCGUCCCAAAUAGAAGAAGCUAGUACAUUAGUGGUAAAAAUUCCCUAUAAUCAGAAAGUAGAACAAGGUUUAUUACAUGAGUUAUUUGAAUUUAUUAGGGGCACCGAUUCCAUGUCCUUACAAAAUCUAAAGAAAACUUCAUUGAAUUCUAUCUUCAUUAAACAAAUUUCGGACGUUCCUAUUGAUAUAGAUCUAACUCCAGGUUCUGUAUCUCAUUUAGCUCAUUUAUUUGGCAAGGCCGAGAAAACUGGACGAAAAGAAAAAUUGCGAUGGUAUUAUUAUAGUGAGGGAUAUGAAAAAAAAGUUUCGAAUCUUAGUACAGAAAAAAAUAUUAGUGAUCAAAUGGCGAGAACGCAAAUCUAUAAUGAAAUAAUGCAGUAUCUACCUGGAAUCAAGAGAGAGUAUUGCGUAAGAUGA